GGCUGCGGGCAGAGCCCCUCCAGGACCUGGCAGGCAGGCCACAAGGCCAUUCCUCCUCCCUCCGGGGCUGUGGGCCAGGCUGGCUGGUGGAUGUGAAGACACGCUGGAGAAGACAACAAUGCUGCCCACAACUGCUGGCCACCAGUGGAGGAGCAGGUUCCUCAUGCGGUGGCAAGAGGCUUGCCUGCUUGGCUGUUGGCUGUCCAUAUGUGCUGCAGAGUCCUUCUUUGCUUGCCCUUCCUCCUGCAAAUGCAACAGUGGCAACCUGGAAGUGGACUGCAGUGGCUUGGGCCUCUCUUCCAUCCCCUCAGACAUCCCCACAAACACCAGGACCUUCCUCUUUCUCAACAACAAACUCAGCAUCCUGCCGGGAGCAGUGUUUUCCAACCUCUCUGCCCUACAAAGGCUGGAUCUAUCCAACAACUUCUUGGACCAGCUCCCUCAGAACAUCUUCAGUGACCUGGGGAACCUCACGGAGCUCCAGCUGAGGAACAACAGCAUCCGGGCCUUGGACAAGGAUCUGCUACAACACACGGCCCUGCUGCGCCAGCUGGAUCUCUCCAUCAACGGCCUGGCCCAGAUACCCUCGGGCAUCUUUGAUGACCUGCCUGCUCUCCGCUCCCUCUCGCUCAGAUCCAAUCGCCUGCAGAGCCUGGACAGGGUGACCUUCGAACCGCUAACCAGCCUGCAGCAACUCCAGGUUGGGGAUAACCCCUGGGAAUGCGACUGCAACCUCCGGGACUUCAAGCACUGGAUGGAGUGGUUCUCCUACCGAGGUGGGAAAAUUGACCAGCUGGCAUGUACCCUGCCGAAGGAGCUGAAAGGGAAGGAUAUGCGAAUGGUGCCCAUGGAGAUGUUUAACUACUGCUCCCAGCUGGAUGAUGAGAACAGCUCUACAGUGCUGGACAAUACUGGCCCACCCUGCACUAAAGGAAGCCCAACUCCUUCCAAAUCUAAAUCGGGCCCAGAAACAGAGGUGGAGCCCAGUGUGGGAUGCCCUCAGAAACAGCGAUACAGGCCUGUGAGCGUGCGCCGGGCUAUUGGCACUGUGAUCAUUGCAGGGGUGGUUUGCGGCAUUGUUUGCAUCAUGAUGGUGGUGGCGGCUGCUUAUGGUUGCAUCUACGCCUCCCUCAUGGCCAAGUACCACCGGGAGCUGAAGAAGAGGCAGCCACUCAUGGGUGACACAGAAGGUGAACAUGAAGAGCAAAAACAAAUCUCUUCCGUGGCGUGAAACUCUUCUAGGAAGGAAGGGACAGCAAUGAACAAAGGUACCUGAGAGCAGUCAAGCAUGGGGUCCUCCCAAAACACAUCUCCCCAGACAGACAGACUGUGCUAUUGCUCCACUCACCCAAGUAGUGCAACACGCUUCUGAGGGGUCAGGGCACCUGCCUCAACUUCUGUUCCUUGGCACCAGGCCCAUUUUGUGCCCUUUCACCCUUAGGCCCUCCCAAACAAAUAAAGUAGAGUCAGACCUCGA